AUGCGUCGCUCAACAAAAACUCCUAGACGUCUUGAUCCUGAAAUCAAGGCUAAGCUUCGCCUGGCUUUCCAUUGCAAGGAAAGAUCCCAGAAUUUUAGCUAUAAAAGAAUCCGAAUUUGUGCUUUAGAAAAUGAUGAUUAUAAUGAUGACGACAUUAGUGAUGUUGACGAUGAUUGUUUUAUAUCAAAACUCAAGCCUAAUUCUGAUUCUCAAAAAAUGGUUAAACAAAACCAUCAAAUUAUUGAAGAUCACGAUGCUUUAUUGGUUGAAAGAGAAAUUAUCCUAAAUUUGGGAGUUCUUGAAGAUUCCAAACAUCAUUCCAAUUUUGUAAAAAAGACAAAGUCUAAACCAAAGGAAGGGAAAAAAAUUACAAACUUGACAGUUGGUCAGAUUUCAAAGUCUGGGGAAAAGAAAGUGGUGGUAUCCAGCCCAAAAUAUCAAAACAACCCCAUAUGCAACCCUGUUUUGCAAUCUAAAAAACUUGACCCCACCAAAAAAGAAAUUUCUUGUGUUACAAACCCUUCAACAAUACCUCAAUAUUCUACUACCUCUUCUUCUCCCCCCACAACUUCAUUUUUUAACAAGUUGUCGAGUCUUUCUAAAACUGGGCACUUGAACCAUGUUCCAAUAAGAAUUUCUGGGUCUUAUCAAAAGUCUAAUUUUACUAGUUUGAGUCCCAAAACUGAUGUGAACCGUGUUUUAAAGAAAAAGGGUUUACGGGUGCCUAGCCAGUCUUUGGCAAAAACUACAAAUGACUUGAAACAAACAUUGCCAGUUGCAAGAUCUAAAGCUCAGGAUGAGAAGACUUGUAAAAAAAUUGGCCAGGUAAAGGGGGCCUUUUUUUUCGGAUGCAAGACUGUGAUUGUUGAGAGAAGAAACAUUAGCUAG